AUGACCAAGGACGACGUGGCCGUGACGCCGAGCUGGAGUCGGCGCAGCGUCGGCGUCUUCCUCGAGUCGCCCGAAGCGCAGCUCGUCAUGAUCGCACUCAUCACGCUGGACGUCGUGUCGGCGCUUCUCAGCGCGUACCUCGAUCUCGGCGCGGCGCUCGGGGCGUCGGCCGUCGUCGCCAACCGUGUCCUGCAGUCCCUCUCCGGGUUUACCCAAGUCGCGUUUCUACUCGAAAUGGCAGCGCUUGUGGCGGUAUUCGAACUCGCAUUCUUCUCGCACCUGGGCUACUGCGUUGACAUGGGCGUUGUCGUGUUCGCCGUCUCCUAUGAGCUCCACUACGCGUCCGCAGUCAUGCGUGUGCUGGGAUGUCUGCGGUACUGGCGGGUGUGUCGCUUCGUGUGGACACUGCUGGCGAACGAAGCCGCCAAGACCGAGGCGGUCGCAGCGCAGCUCGACGCGGAGAAGCAGAAAACCCAGCAGCUCGAGCUCAUGGGCCGACAGCUUCAAGAGUCGCUUUCCAAGGAGCACAGUGCGACUGCUCAGCUCAACCGCACGCUGCAAGACUACCAGGACGAGAUCGAUACGCUCAAGGAAGCGCUGACCAUCGCCGCCACGGCCAUGGCCCGCCAAGCCCAAAAUGAACUGGACGAGGCCGAAAGUGACGACGACGACGACGACGAUGAUACUGCCAGUGCCCUUCGCAGUCCUCGCCUCACCACCGACGACUUGAGUGAGUUCCAGGACGCUUCGCCAUGA